AAACCAGACUCCAGAGUCCAGAGCACACGAGAGCAAGUCACUAGCCAUGGCCACCCCCAUUGCCAACCUCUCGGCCGUCGUCACGGGCGCGAUCGCAGCGGCCCGGGCCGUUGCCACCGAGAUGCUCCCGGCGGCCGUGACGAGGCACGCCGUCGCCGAGGCGUCGAGAGCCUGGGUGGCAUGGCUCACGAGCCACCUCUGGGCCUGGCUCGCUGCGGCGAGGGCCGUCGCCGCCGACAACAUCCCGGUGGGCGCCGCAGCCGACGCUUGGGGGCCCUGCCUCCAAACGGCGGCCAAACUCUCCCACGACCUCUACGGCUGGCUGGCCGCCGCGGUGGUCCAGAAGCUCCCCGACGUCGCCGCCGAGAAGCUGCUGGACGACGCGGCGGCGUGGCUCGUGCGCGGCCGCGGCGUCGCGGCGUACUCGACGCUGGCGCUCGCGCUCCUGGCCGUCGCCUUCCUCGGGGGCGCCGUGUGCGCGCUCACCUGCCGCUCCAUGAAGGGCCCCGCGCUCGGCGGAGCGCGCGUGCCCCGCGCCGUCUUCGAGGCCAACCCCAAGCGCUACUACGCCACCGUGCGAACGGCGCGGAAGGCGCGGCGCCGCGCCGGUGGGGCUGGAUGCAAGCUGAUUCCGGCCGGCCUUCUCGUCGCGUUCGCGGCCUACUUGGCUGCAAAGAUGCUCUACUAAUGUGUUUACUGUUACGUUACGUACGAUAGGUGCCCAAGAUCUUAUAAGCACGAAUGCUACCAUCUGUUAGGAGAUAGUAUUUCUAUGGUGCAUGAUGCAUCCUUGAUUGUAGGUGCAUCGUAAUUUCAGUGCUAUUUUAGGAACCUCAUUUUUCCAAGCGAUUUACAUUUUCCUAAGAUCUCGUUUGUUUCGAUGGAA